AUGCAAGUCGAGGCUCGCCACGCCGUCAAGUGCGAGGCGGAGCCAGACACUGUGAGCCUUUCGCUGCCGCCUGUGACGGAGCCCGCGGUAGAGGUGGUGGGCUGCAUGCCGAUGCUUAAGACCACCACCACCAGCAGCAGCAGCAAUGACAGUGUUAAUAAUGACGAAUUUGGUGCAUCGAAUACGCCGCGCGCGACAGGAGAGGAUGCCCGAAAGCGGCCCCCGACCCUUGUUGCAUACCACCAGCAGCGAUACGAUCGAUUUGUGCAGGCGUACUUUGGAUACGGUGCGGAGCAGCGGGCAAAGUGCGUCCGCCAGGCCUCUCAGCUGUGUAUGAUCGGCCUGGGGCUGCAGAAAAAGUGCCAAGGCCGAAAUACUGACGCAGUUCAUGCCAUGCGACUUUUUCUCAGGCACUCUGUUCUUGCGGUAGAGGGGGAUGCCGUAUUUGUGAAGCUCGUGCAGCGGGCUAGGCCGCUGUGGGGCGAGGAGGAGGACCAUCACUUCGACGACCCGCGGCAGUGGCCCAACGCUCGCUGCAUUGCCCUCCACUACGGCCUGCCGUCCGCCCCCACCGGAGUAGAGAAGCAGCAGCAGCAAUUCCCGCAGACGACACUGAUGGCGGUGGUGGCGACCACCCCCAUAGAGGAGGGUGAGGCGGUGCGACUCUGCCUCCGCUCUUACCACCGUUGCCUGGACGAGGCGGCGUGGUACGAGCAACUCGUCGGGGCGCACGGUGUCAAUGAAGGUGAAGUGGCGGGUACUGUGACGCGUGGGCGGAAGCGUUUUGACAUGUGGCCGGAGGGGUUGGCAUUCUACCACGGUGUGGGCUCGCGGCACGCCGGUAUGGAGCCUGUAGUGGGUUUCCCCUUCACGCUUCUCGAUCUUGCGGAAGCGACAAUGAUCGGUGAGGGUGAGAAGGGACUCUUUGCCGCCCAUCCGGUGCCAUACGCCACGUGCUUUCUGUACUCUGGCCCUGUUGUUGCGACAAAGGUCGUGGAGGCGAGGCGGGAGUGCAUUGCGGUGGGUGGCACUUCUCUUGUUGCUGAUAUUACUUGUACAACUAGUGGGACGAAUACUACGACGACUAACACUACUAGUGCUUCUGCUCCUUCUGCUGGUAGUGUAUCUACUGACGAGAUUCUGACGAGUGACAUCUCUAUCGAUGAUGCGACGUAUGCGCUGGGCUUGGGGCGGCAUGGGCUUUGUUUUGGGCAGGGGCUUAUGCGAUAUGCCAACCAUCGCUACAAUUUGAGCAACUUUGGGAACGUUGAGCUGUGCUCCGUUAUGCUGUCAGUAACGAGCGAGUUCUCUUCACUGGCAGCGGAGCUUGAGCGGCGCCGAAACGGUGCGACACGGGCGAGGAAGCGAACCAAAAGGCGAGGUGCGCCGAGGCGGCGGCCUGACAAGUCGUGCCCGCUGGAUGCUAGGACAGGGGAUAAUGACGCGGUGGUCUUUGUGAAGAAGCGGCGGUACCGCCCCCUUGUUGGUCGCCGCAUCUUUCUGGAGGAGCACAGCCACUUCGUCACAAUCCCAUUCUUUAUCGCGACGACCGACAUCGAGGUGGGGCAGCAGCUGCUGGCGUGGACCUAUGGCGAGGAAUACGACGCUCGGCUGGAGCGGCAGGUUGUGUGCGACGGUCACCUCGUGCCUUACGCCAAUGCAGCCGUGUUGGAUGCGCGGAGGCCCACCGGCCGCUGGCAGCGCUACAAGGGUGACUACCGGCAUGGCAUGGGCGCCGGUGACAUUGUGUGGUGCCCCCAACCCGGGCUGGGCGUCCACCAGGACCCGACUGAAGAGUUGUUCGUCAUUAUGGAGAUGCCGCCGCGCCGCGCCGACUAUGUGUUGCUGCGCAGCAUCGCCCGUAGCCACGCCUACCACCAGGCGCUGCACCGCUGUGGUGGUUCAACAGACGACGAGAUGCUCCUCUUUGAGGUGUGCGAGGCCAAGGCACUGGAGCGGUGCGUGAUUGCCCACACCGACUCAGUGGCGCUGCUGCUCGGCGACAUGGACUACUGGACAGUGCGUGAGCCUAAGCGGACUACGACGCCGCCUCCGCUCGCGGGGAAAGACUGCAGCUGUGGUGGGGGGCCCUCAUGCGUGAUUCAUCAUAUCGUUGUGAACGCCACGGCACUCCGGGUAGCGGCACGACUCGUUCUCGAGAGUGAGUGUGGCGCUGCCGUGGCAACGACACUCCUCAGUGGGCGUGUCUGGCCGUUCCUCUGUGAGUGUGAUGGUGUCACGGGUCGCUCCGGCAGGAAAGUGGCUGUGAGACGUGGCAAGAAGAGGGAGACUGCGAGGGAAGUGACAUCACCUCUCUCGUAA